AUGUUUAGUUCAUCUGAUCUGUACAAGUUUCGUAAUCAAGAAGAAUUUACUCAUAAAAAAAUCUUUGAUAAACGUUAUUUAAAUAGAAAUAAAUGUUUAAUUGUUGAUGAAGCUGAUAAUAUGUGUUUAGAUAAAGCUAGACAUGUUCUCUAUGUUUCUCAUGAAAUUCAAAGUUUAAAAUGGCUUGAAAUUUUAUUUAUCUAUAUAUGGACUGCAGUGAUUAGAAAAGAAAUAAAUAAUUCGAAUGAGAUAUCUGAAGAUGUUAACGAUAUUACUCAAUUUAUGAAAAAGAAUAUUGAAAAUAAAAAUAUUUUUAUUCUGGAUUAUAUGAAAGAGUUUGUGAAUUAUAAAGUCGAACGUUGGGUGCAUAGUGCUUUUCAAGCACGAAUUAUGCGAGAAGAUGAUCAUUUUGUUUUAGAUGUUUCUAAAACAGAUGAACAAAAUAAUAAAAAACAGAAAACUAUUAUUGUUCUUGAUAAAGAUACAGGUGUUGAACAAUAUUCAACACGAUGGAGUCAUGGUUUAGCACAACUUUUAGAAUUAAAAUAUCGAAGAAAAUUAUCUGUUGAAAGUUUAAAAGCUGUUUUUAUAUCGAAUAAAGCUUUUUUUCAAAGAUAUCAACAUCGUCUUUAUGGACUAACCGGAACAAUAGGUUCCGAAAAUUCUCAAAGUUUUUUAUCUGAUUUAUAUCAAGUUCGAUUUGCAUAUUUAUCUACGUCGAAAGAGAAAUGUUUUUAUCAAAUAUCUGAUCAAAUCUCCUUUGACUAUGGAGAUUGGCUUGAUUUAAUUGCUAAAGAAAGUAUCGAACAAGCCAAAACAUGA